AUGGCCAAACCUUUUUAUCGACUGAGCGAGAUCCUCGCAGUUGCUCGAAGCCACCCUUUCUAUAACUCAAAUGCGAAAUACCCGUUAUCUUCGGAAGAAGUAUCAGCCACGAUAACUGCAACGAAAUGCAACGAAAACACGCUUCUUCAAUAUCCAAUCAUUGAGAAGCAAAACAUGUAUGUCCCAAGUCCACGGUCAGACAAGGCUAAAGUCUGUUUGAUAUUCGAGUGA